CACAAUCUGCAAUCUGUCAUUGCGCUUACGUAUGGCGUCAAAAUAACAAAGCUGCUGCUGCUGUGUUUACUAGACCUCGUUGAUGAGCCCUGUAAAUAAUUAAUAACUAACUUAUAUGCGCCUAUUAGUGUUCGAGUGGUCACUUCCAUAUACUCAUAGACUACACAGCAGCCACACGAUAAAAUGAGUGGCCCUCGAAGCAAUAUGUCGCAGAUGAACGGAAACAAUCGACGACCGCCCAGCAACACCAAUAAUCUCAAUAGAGUUCCAUCAAUUGAAAAACCAACGUGUGCUCAACAUGAUGAUCUCAUCAAAUACAUUUGCGAAUCAUGGAACAAAAUAUCACAGGAGGCCGACAAGAGCAGCAACAGCAGUACCAUUAAGUAUUAUUGUGAGCAAGAAAGUCAUAUGCCCAAAGACUUUGAACCAUUUAAUCUGGAAGCAUACUGGGGUAGGAAGGAAGUACAAAAAUUGCAACAGCCUCAACACUCAUAGCAAAUUUUAUUUAUUUGGGAAUUUGUUUUGAUUUCCAUUACUUCCAAAUUUCGUCACUUUAUAUCAUGUUUAUUUCGAUUGAUUUUAAAUAAUUUACAAGCAGAAAAUGAUGAGGGAAACAUUCUAUUCAACAUUUUUGUAACUAAAUUGACAAAGCAUCAUAAAUAAUCACAUUAUUUGUUACACUUAGCUGUUUUAAUCCCCUUUGCAUUUCACUUUUAAUAGUUUACAACAAUUGGUUGCAUUUUUUAUAAGUCUACAGUAUUACUCCAUGUUUAUUUUCUUUGCUUCAAAUUAAAUCAAUAAGUUGUCAAUCUUUUACGAAAAUGUUGAAUAAGAAUUGAAGAAAAUCAAUAAAGACAUUGAUUGUUGAUCAAAGACAAACUUUUUAUAUCAAGGACAUUGUUUGAUGAUUAUGGUUAUUGCCUAGCCAAUACAAUCACAGCGUGCGGGCACUGUUGUUUAUUUUCGAAGGCAAAAUAAACACGACAAACUGUAUGAAACUAUUAUACACUACAAUAUAUUGUAUUAUUACAAUUGGCGAAUAAUACGAUGUAACUGAAUGAUAGCGAUUUUUAUAAAACACUGAUUUUUUCCAUUAUUUAUAUCGAUUCUUGAGUUAAUAUUGAUUGUACAAUACACAUUGUUUUAAGCCA